CCUGGACCGGAUCGAUGGGAGCAGAACCCGGGACCCGGACCGGAUCAGGGGGAGCAGAACCCGGGACCCGGACCGGAUCGGGGGGGAGCCGAACCCGGACCGGUUCAGAGGGAGCGGAACCGAAACCGGAAUCGGAUCUAAAGAGCGAAGCAGCUAAACCUGAACCAGGCCGGGGGAGCAAUGCCCGAAUACCAGAAAAAAACCGACUGAGGGAAGCGGCGCCCAGAAGCCGGAGUCAAGACAGAACCGGUGCGGCUGAACCCGUAACUGACCUGAACAGGUGGAGCGGAGAGGAGAACCGAGUGCCCGGGCUGGAUCUCAGCUCCGGUCUGACACUCGGACAUGAGCACCAGGACCCUGAAGAGCGGCGCCCAGGCACCAGAGGCGGUCGGCAUGAAAGUGAAGACGGCGCCGGAGGGGCUCCGGGUCACCACCGAGGAGGAGCUGCUGAAGAAAGAGCGCGUCAGCCCAGAGGGUCACACAGAGUUUAAGAUUCGAGACAUGGAGUCCGGCGCUGUGCUCUUCGAGAUCACCAAACCCCCGGCCUCAGUCCGCGAGAUGGUGGCACAGCCAUACCAGACCCACUCGGACAGCUUCUACUUUGUCGAGAACCAGCUGGUGAUGCACAACAAAGCUGACUAUUCGUACGGGAACGGCCCCUGAGGUCAGUGCGGAGGCUUUCGGGUGCCGGACCCCACCCCCCACUCCGCCUGCUGCGCUCGGGGGUUGGACCGGGAGCCGCUCUGAUAUCUGGUGGUUGGUGGCUGACGUCUGCGGGAUGCAGGGGCUCCCGAUGAAGGGUCUCGGCACAACACGUUGACUGUUUACCCCUCUCCAUAGAUGCUGUCUGACCUCCAGCAUCUUGUGUGUGUUGCUCCGAGAUUCUCCCGGCACUGGUCUGAGACUCAGUCGCUGAGCACAGAAUCUUCCAGAAGCAUUUCUAGGACCUGCACCACUCUCACGAAUGGAUGUGUCCUCCCAUCGACCACCAAUCCAUCGUGGACACAGUUACCUCCUCCCCCACCCCACCAUCCCCUCACAUUCUCUCCUCGUCCUCCCCCCCUCUGGGACGUGCCUCCCUUCAUCCCCACAUCUGGAAGGCAGCGGCUGUGUCCUGGGGCUAGUGAGUGAGCCGGGUGAUUCUUUCAGCCAUCGGGGCCCAGAUGUGUCAGAUAUGAAACAUCUGGAUUAGCUCCCUGUCCGAAUCAGGACAGCUUGUUGCCCGUCCCCACCGUGCUCUGCUCCCUGCGCAGGGACUCCAACACGACACCCGGUCUCGCUACCGGUCAGGAGGUGUGAACACGGGGAGGCAGCUCGCAGGCUGGCAACUUACCCCUUACAGUCCCACCCGCUUCUCACAGAACAGUACAGGCCCUUCAGCCCACGAUAUUGUGCUCACCCUUCCCUCCCUCAGACCCUCCAGUUCUCUCUCAUCCAAAUGCCCCCAGUGUCUCUGGCUCGACCACCACCCCAGCAGAGUGGCAUUCCUCAAACUCACCACUCUACCUACAACAUCACCCUCCAAUCUUCUUCAAAUUAUCUAGUUCACGUUCAGUUUAUUGUCACACAACCGUGCACGUGAAUACCACCAAACGAGACAACGUUCCUCUGAACCAACACAGUACACGUAACUCACACAACCGUGCACGUGAAGUGAUGUUAACUCUAGGAUUUUAUUUACAUAGCGUGGAUUCAGCCUUUCCAGCUGAGCUGCAUCAGCAAACCCAACCCUGAUUAACCCUACCGUGACCACAGGACAAUUUACAAGGACCAGUUAACCAUCCGUUAUGUCUUUGGACUGUGGGAGGAAACCGAGGCUCCCAGGGAAACCCGCAUGUUCAAUGGGGGAGGAUGUACAGAGACUCUUUAAAAACGGAACUCCCCGAGCUGUAAUAACCUCACACUAAUUGCUACGCUACAGACAGACAGACAGGCAUACUUUAUUGAUCCCAGGGGAAACUGGUUUAUUAAAUAACAAGGUGUAUUUACGACACGUUAAAAAGUGAACAGCAUAACGCCACUGGUGCCUGAUUUGUGAUGAGGCCUGGGUGGUGACGGGGGUUCAGUCAUCUCACAGUUUGUUUCCAUCCUAACAGGCCUUGUCCUAAUGCCACAGUACCUCCUGCCCCUCACUUCAUCCAUACCCUUGUGGUCCCUGUGGUUAGUCGGGCUCCGAGGCGUGCAGUGUGUGUGGUAAAGGUUUAGCACUGCCCAGUCCCAGUGGCCUGAAUCAUGGCACUAACCCGUCCCAGUGGCCUGAAUCAUGGCAAGCUCAGCUAACUUUCACCUUCCAGGUUUUGGGAUGACCUGGAACAGUGAAUUCAACUUGCCUCCUUCCUGCAGUCCAUGAUUCCCUGUGUCCGUCUCUCCUGGAGAACCACUGGCUCUACCCUGAACACCCCCUUCAGAGGUCCCUUUCGUGUGCUUGUCCAUAUUGCCCCUUGUGAUACAGCACAGGAGGCAUUUGUCUGUAUUUGGCUCAGACCCAUUUCUCUCCCUGAAUGUGUCCCCGUGUGUUUAAAUGCUCUAUCUGCCCCUGCCCCCAUUUCCUCACUACCCUGUUGCCCCAUGACUCCCCAUUUCCUCACUACCCUGUUGCCCCAUGACUCCACCCA